AUGGCAGAGGUCCCAGCAUCCUCCUCUACUGAGGAUGACCUGUCUGCUCAGUGGAAACUCUCCAGUCAGCGAAGCAGGAAGUCUGGGUGCUCCAACAUCUUUUCAGGGAUCAACCGACACCAACUGCACAAGCUGUUCGGAUCAGCGGGAGACGGAGACGCUGAACAUCGAGCGAAGCUGGUGUGGCAAAGCAUGGAGGCAGAGAUGGAAAACGUAGAGGAAAGGGAGCAGGUAGAACAAGAGGCAGGGCUGGCCCAAGCCUUAGUGGGACUAAGGGUCAGAGCAAGAAAUAAGGCAGGUAUCAGGGUGGAGGGAUACCAAGACCACAAGUGGCUCAGAACAUCAGGAUACCUCAGGUUUGAGGAACAAUUACCACCCGAUCACAUGUUAGAGGGCGGCGAGCCAGGCCCAACACCCAGUGAGGGCCAAUCCCCUUCGCCUGCUCAGGGAGACGUCACAGACAAGCAAAGCACAUCGAAACCCCCCUCGUGGAGGUUGGGCGUGUCGAGACAGGAGGACGCCAGAGACUGUGAACGCUACCUUCACCGCAUCCUCCACUAACACUUGACUAGAGCGUGUGGCAGGAGUUCUGCUACAGUACUACUCUUUACAUUACACUAUAUAUAAUGCGUUUUUCAUUGAUGGACAGCUGAGUAAUGGGUUUGAAGGUUAGAAACCAAGAUACUGUAACAUUAAGUUUAAAAGUUUGAAUUCCUGAGAUUCUUAUGAUUCGGGGACAGCACACUGAUCCCUCUGUUUGGAGCUGGAACACAUUGCUCUUUACAUAAAUGCUCCUCAACAGCUGACCGACAGUUGCUUCUGAUUGGGAGGCUCACAAAAAAGAUGUUGAGAUAGUUUUUUAUAGAAUCAUUUGUCUACUGCUGCAAACUCAGCGAUGACCUAAAACACUAAAAUGCUCAGUAAAAAUAAAAGGUCCAGGCGUAAAACAUUUUCUGUGGUAUCAUCUCCACCAGAAAUGUUUUUCACAGUAGACAAUCUACUGUAGUUACAGGCGAAGUCAAUUGUUAGAGUUUUACUUCUCUGUUGGCUGUAAAUUAUGUCUGACUGUGAACUGACAAUAACACAUUUUAUAUUGUAUGUUAAUGGUGUAUGUUUUAAUUAUAAUCUAUCAUUAAAUAUUACAUACAAAUGA